CUCUAAAUGUAAUAUCCUUACCAUCGCCACGCGUCCCAGAAUACUUUGCGAGGCCAUUGACAACACGUCAAAAAUGGCAGAUCCAGCACCUGGUAAAAGUGAUAUUGAAGAGAUUUUUAAACGAUUACGAGCUAUUCCGACAAAUAAGACAUGUUUCGAUUGCAAUGCAAAAAAUCCAGCAUGGUCCAGUGUAACUUAUGGUGUUUUCCUAUGUAUCGAUUGCUCUGCAGUUCAUCGAGGAUUAGGAGUUCAUUUAACAUUUGUUCGAUCUACUCAACUUGAUACAAAUUGGACUUGGUUACAAUUGAGAAACAUGCAAUUGGGUGGAAAUGCAAAUGCUAAAAAAUAUUUUGCACAACACAAUUGUUCAACAACUGAUGCUCAGCAAAAAUAUAAUUCACGUGCUGCUAUGCAGUAUAGAGAAAAAUUGGCACAAGCAUCUGUUCAAGCAAUGCGACGCUAUGGAACAAAGGUUAUUCUUCCUUCAACAAAAAAUAAGACAAUGUUGCAUUUGGAUGAAGGUCCAACAUUAAUGUCUGAAGAACAAGAUGAAAUUGAUUUUUUUAAGGAACAUGAAAAUACUGAAGCAUAUAAUAAAUCUUCAAUGAAUACUGAAGAAAAUUCAGUUUCUAAUUCUAUAUUAAACAAUGAGAACAAAAAUAAUCAAAAAGAUUGCUUAGAAAGUGCUGUUAAUUCCUUAGGACCUACUGUUAAAUUAUCUGAUUCUACCUCAAAUUUGAUAUCUGAGAGGAAAUCUACCAUAGGUGUCAGAAAAAUUCAGAAUAAACGAAGUGGCUUUGGGAAAAAAGCUGGUGGAUUAGGUGCUCAAAGAGUUAAAACAAAUUUUGAUGAAUUAGAAAAAAGUGUUGCCGAAGCUACUAAAGAACCACAGGAAAAGGAUAAUCAAGAAAAUAUAAAAAAAGAACAAGAAGAAUUUGCUACACGCCUUGCCUAUCGUUAUGAAAAGAAUUUAAAUGAACAAGCUAAAAAAAUGGAACAGAAAAUGAAACAAUUAGAUCCUUCCAAAGCAACACAAGCAGAACGUCUUGGUAUGGGAUUUAAUUCAAGAAGUGGUGCAAGUCAUUCUGCACUUGGUGAUAUGAGAACAAUAACACAGGAAACAUCAUCAAAGACUAUAACUGCUUCUGAACCAAGACCAAGAGAUAUCGAUAUUGAACGAGAUCUUUUUAUUAGUUUAGAUGAAUUUUAUGCGGCCUUAUCAACCCCAUACAGUAGCAAUACGAACAAUAAAUCUCGCAAUGAAGAAGUUAUUGUGAUUGCAGAGCCAGAACCACCAAAACGAAUAGUUCCAUCAAACAAAGUAAAUAUUGGUAAAACCGAUAAUAAAAUAACGGUAGAAGGAGAAGCACAAAAAAAAUUUGGUAGUGCCAAGGCUAUUAGUUCAGAUCAGUAUUUUCAAGACAGCAAAGAUGAUGAUUCUUGGGAACGUAAAAGUAAUUUGCGACGUUUUGAAGGUUCUUCUAGUAUUUCAUCAGCUGAUUAUUUUGGCACAGGAAAUUCUACAGCAACAUCUCCCACUGCUUCUUUAUCAAUGCGUCUUAGUGGUGGAAGAGCCGAUGUCGAUUUAGAUGAUGUUAGAGAAAGUGUACGUCAAGGAGUAUAUAAAGUUGCAGGAAGAUUAAGUUCUCUUGCCAAUGCGGCUGUUUCUUCGUUACAAGACCGCUAUGGACUUUGAAUGAAAACUUACUGCAUUUUACUAAAGUUGUUACUAAACCUAUAUUUGGACAUUGCUUGUCCAUUGUUUGAAAUUGUAAAUAAAAACUUGUAAUUCAGUUUCUUUUUGUAA